CGGGUUUGUAACCGUGGCUGAGGAAAUGGCUGCUGGGGGUUGAGGUAGGCGGGGAGUGGGCGUUGGGCUCUUUCCAGCAUGAAACUCCGGCCUCACAAUGACAGGAGACACUCAAGCAAGAGCUUUGAAACUCUGCACAGGCCGGGGUUCCAGGACAGCCAGUCAGUAGGAUCUGAAAUGCAGGAGGAAUUCGUCACUGUACACACUGGUACCAGCCAACCCCACAUGCAGCCACAAACCGGAACAGCAGGGGAAAGUGCAGUUUCGCAUCCUGAGUUGUUUGUUGGGACUCCAGAGAGCGGGUCACGCCCUUCCAAAGAAUUUGUUCAAGUUCAGAUGGAUGUGCCUGAAGAAACGAGCAGGCGACUUGGAACAGGAUCCCAGAAUGCAAGAACUUCCCAUUCACAUUUGCACUCAGACUUGCAUUCUCAUGCUAGGGCGGAGAGGCCUGCGGGAGAGAGAUCGGAACUGGAUGAAAGGGAAGCCAACUCAAGCUCAAUCUCAGAACUUCGGUACAUCUUACUCUGGCUUCAGAAGAGUCUCCCAUAUAUUAUCAUCAUUUGUGCCAAACUGAUUUUUCAGCAUGCUUUAGGUAUUGCAGUUGGUGUUGGAUUGUGGAUAACUUUCCUGUAUGCAAACAGGAUAAUUAUAAAUCAAGUCUUCCUGCAGGAGCGCCGCUCUAUAUUACAGUGUGGCUGGUUGCUUGGAUUUCUAACAGCCUCUACCCUUCUCCUCUACGACACUUUCCAGUCCCAGUCACUCUUCUACUGUUUAAUCUUUAUUCAUCCCUCUGUUGAUCCUAUUGGAUUUUGGGAUGCAUUGUGGAUCGUGGGAACUGCAGACUUCAUAUUGAAGUUUCUUUCUAUGGGAUUCAAGUGCCUUGUCCUAUUAAUGCCUUCAUCACUGAUGUCAUUCAAAUUGAGGGGUCAGUGGUACAUGGUAAUUGAAGAAGUGAAUCAAUUUCACCGCUCUCUGGUGCCCAUGCCUGUUUGGUCUUGGUAUCUGAUCGGAAAUAACGAAAUAGAUGGUUCUCUGAUCUGGACUCUGGGUAUUCUGCUAAGUUCAUUCUACCUCAUACUCAAGCUCCUUGGAAUCUACAAUUGGUGGAGUAGUUUCAGGAAGGCUUUGCAGAGUUUUUUCCGUAAACAGCACUAUGGGAUUGUAGCCACCAAGCAUCAAUGCAGUGAAGCAGGAGAUAUUUGUCCCAUCUGCCAGACAGAAUUUAGAGAGCCAAUUCUCCUUGUUUGUCAGCACAUUUUCUGCGAGGAGUGUAUUUCCCUCUGGUUUAAUCAAGAGAAAACGUGCCCCCUCUGCCGGACUGUCAUCCUAGACUAUGUUCAGCCCUGGCGAGAUGGGGCAACCUCCACCCACCUCCAGUUUUACUGACCUGCUGAUUACUAACAGCAGGUUGUAUGUGCAACCAAAACUUAUCAACUCGUGGGAAGAUUUUUGUUAAAAUGAUUUUGGUAAUAAAAACAAGUGAUAAAUAAAGAAAUGUUUUAUUUUGUAAACAGGAAUAUUUUGAUUGUUGAAACUUGUAUAUUAAAUGUAUUCUUUAAUAUUACAUAACCCCUACCAAUCUGGAAAUAGUAUUAUCUACAGACUUUAUCUGUAGCUGCUAUUUUUAAGUAUUUCUGAGAUUUCUAGAAAUUGCUGAAAACCAUUCUCCAUCUAUUCCAAAGUCUUCUCUUCUUUGUAAUUGUUUGUUAUGCCCACACAUUUUUGGUGCAUUUCCUUGUGAUGAAUUCCUAAUUAAUUACAGAAGACUCAUCAGAAAUCCAAAGGCACAGGUUUGUUAAGGUGGUGCAGUUCGCAACUUAAUAAAAAAUUAGCAAUUCCAUCUUGAGCAUUAUUUUAAGCACAAUAAUUACUCAGUAGCCUGGCCUCCAAGACUAUUACAUUUGGUUAAAGCAGAUACUUUGGACAGUGUGUUGAUGUGAUUUUUAUUGUAGUAACUGGUGUUAGAUACACAAUUCAAAGGCUGCUAUCUUAAAGUUGCCAAAGCUGUAUUAUCUGACCGACCAGGUGGUAUUUAAAACUCUCCCCAAAAAGCAAGUGCUAGAAUUUCAAAAGUGUAAUGAAGUUAGCACACUAGAGAGAGGCAGUAUAUGGAGGCUGAAUGAGUUUUGUCAAAUCUUCAACGUCAGCACAGUGCUGUGUUACACUCAGAUUGCCAAGGUAGAAAUCUUUACUGAGGUAAGUGAUAACAAUCCCCUUCCUCCCACCAUCAAAAAUCAUUUGAUCUGCCUAUAACUGCAAUCAUUUUGUUAGGAUGGAAUUAGGAAAAGGCAGCAUAAAAACAGUCCAGCUCAACUGAGUUAAUUUAAAUCGAAACUUAGCCUUGAAUCCCUCUCAGGACCGUUGUACUACAUUAGUUAGUUAGAAGUAAAGUUUUUAGGCUGUAUCAAGGACAUGUACUGUCAGAAGAUAAUAAAACAAAUUAAACUAACAGAAUUACCCAAAAGACAAUGGUAGGAUAAUGGUGUAUUCCCCAGUAACUUGCUGAUACAUUUAUGUAUAUUGGUGAAGAUCAUAUUUCUAACCAGGCUGGGCAUCCUCCACAAUUCAAUUUGUCUCUUUUACUUCCCCUUUCAGAGGGAACAUCAAGUAUCACUUACCUCAGUCGACUGAGUUGAUCCCACAUUUAUGACAGAGUUCCACUACAGACCACUAAGAUCUCCUUUAGGCUCCUUUACGUCUUUUGACCAUGCAGCACAUUACUCUAUGCUAGGGAGGCAGGCAACAGUAUUAUUAGUUUGGGAACCAGCACUAUUGGACUGGAUUAACCAGCUGAUUAUUUUGAUCCCACCUCAUUUGUCCAAUGGUAUCACUCAGGGAAAUCAAUAUUUGGUGCUGGGAAAGGGGUCACAAUAAAUCUCUCAGUUUAAAAAUAAUACUGAACACCAUACUGCCUUACAAUAGUCUGAGGUAAAAUUUUAUGUUAAAAAUAGAUAAAUUCCUGAUUUGGUUUCUCAAAUUUUACUUUAAGCAUUUUAUGCUUUCAUUUCUAUUUAAAAAAAGAACUCUCAUUUGUACAUGAUGAAGGGUCACAACCAAAAUGGCGACUGUUUACUCUUUUCCAUAGAUGCUGCCUAGCUUGUGGAGUUCCUGCAGCAUUUUGUGUGUAUUACUUUGAUUUCCAACAUCUGCAGAUUUUCACUUGUUUGCGAUUCAACUCACUUGUACCAUGAUCGCCACAUCAUUUAUACAAUAAGGAUGUGAUCAUUCUCAAAGGAAGCAAUUAACCAAGUUGGUCACAAAGAAUGUACAGUACAGGGAAUUCACCCUUUCAGCUUUAAACCAGCUCUACUGAUCAUAAACACUAGACCAUAGGAGGGAAUAUUAUAGAUUACUUGCUUCUUGUUGCUGGAUUACUUCUAUGAAAUAGGAAAUGCGACUUUUAAAAAAAUAAUAUAUGACUGUUACACAAGUGUCCAGUUGCAAAAUCCUUGUAAGCAGUGGACAGACCAUUGCAAGACUGAGAAUUUUAAGAGUUACCGAGCCUUCACACUUAGAUAUAUGCUUAUGAUAAUAUCAUAAUUAAAAUGGAUGCUUUAAGCCUACACAAUCAAAUGGAACUUCAUUCUGUUGAGGAGGAGUAAAAUCAGCUGUGAAUAUUGAUUGCUCAGUGUUGCUCUCAGUAAAAGUUAGUUGCUCAUUUUGGAGGGUGGGGUGGGAGACAGGAUUCAAUUUCACUGAAAUUAAAUCAAAACACUUGCCCAAUAAUUUUGUUGGUUAUGUAGACAUUCUGGAUAUAAAGAGAUUUAUUUUCUGAAUUAACAUUUAUCAUUUGUGCUUUUUGCUUUGCUAGGGAAAGUACAUGGUGUAAGAAAUGUACAAUACUUCUGUCUUUCCAACUUCCAUCUGGAUUAAUUCUAAAUAAAGUGAUUUAUCCCACA